UAAAUCAGAAUGAAAAGUUUGCGCUGAGAAAUCAGGCGGUGGAGAUGAGCAGUCCUCCGGUGAGUUCGUCGGCCGUAGCAUACGAAGCAUGGACAAGCUUGGCAGUGCCGGAUUGGUUGAACAAAGGAGACAACGCAUGGCAAAUGGUGUCAGCCACGUUGGUGGGGAUUCAAAGCGUGCCGGGCCUCGUCAUUCUCUACGGAAGCAUAGUCAAAAAGAAAUGGGCCGUCAACUCCGCCUUCAUGGCUCUCUACGCUUUUGCGGCGGUCGUCAUCUGCUGGGUCACCUGGGCGUACAAGAUGUCCUUCGGGGAGAAGUUGCUGCCCUUCUGGGGCAAGGCCGGGCCGGCGCUGGGCCAGAAGUUUCUCAUAAAGCAGGCGGCCCUCCCCGCCACACCGCACCACUUCAGUAACGGCGCGUUGGAGACCGCCGAGAUCGAACCCUUUUACCCCAUGGCUACCAUGGUCUGGUUCCAGUGCGUGUUUGCCGCCAUUGCUCUUGUCAUCUUGGCCGGCUCCGUUCUGGCUCGGAUGAACUUCAAGGCUUGGAUGAUGUUCGUGCCGCUCUGGCUGACCUUCUCUUACACCAUCGGCGCCUUCAGCCUGUGGGGCGGAGGCUUCUUGUUCCAUUGGGGUGUCAUGGAUUACUCUGGCGGUUACGUCAUUCAUCUCUCUUCUGGGAUUGCUGGUUUCACUGCAGCCUAUUGGGUGGGGCCGAGAUCCAAGAGGGACAGAGAAAGGUUUCCGCCCAACAAUGUGUUACUGAUGUUGGCAGGCGCGGGGCUGCUGUGGUUGGGAUGGGCGGGUUUCAACGGAGGAGAUCCGUACGCCGCAAACACGGACUCCUCGAUGGCGGUGCUGAACACCAACAUUUGCGCCGCCACCAGCCUCCUCGUAUGGACCUGGUUGGACGUUAUUUUCUUCAAAAAGCCCUCAGUCAUCGGAGCCGUUCAGGGCAUGAUAACUGGCCUUGUUUGCAUCACUCCCGGAGCUGGUCUGGUUCAAGGAUGGGCUGCGAUAGUGAUGGGAGUGGUUUCAGGAAGUGUGCCAUGGUUCAGCAUGAUGGUGUUGGGAAGAAAGUUGAAAAUAUUUCAAAUGGUUGAUGACACACUUGCAGUCUUCCACACUCAUGCUGUGGCUGGUCUUCUUGGAGGAAUACUCACUGGUCUAUUUGCCGAGCCAAGCCUAAGCACACUCUUUCUUCCUGUCACCAAUUCCAAAGGAGGAGUCUAUGGAGGCCCUGGAGGAAUCCAGAUUCUCAAGCAAAUCGUUGGAGCUCUCUUCAUCAUUGGCUGGAACCUUGUCGCCACUUCGAUCAUCUGUGUCUUUAUUAGUUUCAUAGUUCCACUCAGAAUGACAGAGGAAGAACUUCUCAUCGGGGAUGAUGCAGUUCAUGGGGAAGAGGCUUAUGCACUUUGGGGUGAUGGAGAGAACCUUAGCCUCUACAAAGAUGAUACCACACACCAUGUUACGGUCUCUAGUGGUGCCACUCAAGUCGUCUGAUCAAUCACCAAAUUAAUAACAUUAAAAAAACUUAUUAUUCUUUAAUCACAAUUACCAAUCAUGCAAGUACAUGUAAAAAUAAUUAUGAGGACUGUUGUUCCAUUGCUUUGGGGUCGCACUCAACGAUUAAUUAAAUGUUAUGUGAAUACU